AUGAAGAGCAUCAUGACGAACAACCGCCACGACAUUCGCGUACUGCUGGACACCUACACCCCGCACUACUCCGUCGACCAAGCACCCCGCUUUACCCUGUUUGCCUUCAGCACCACGACUUCGCAGACGCGCCGUCUCAUUCAUCGGAUCGCAGUGGAGACAUGCCCAGCCCUUGAAUGGGACAACGAGUACCGCCAGGCCUUUGACGACAAGUCACUCUCGAUCAGGCGGCUCAAGGACCAGAUUGAGACCAUUGUGCGCAACAAGUAUGUGCCGGCAGGGAGCAGCAACAAGGCUGGAGGUGGUGGUGUUGGUGUCCGGGGCCCAUUGCAGUGUUGCUUUACGGAUGUUUGUUGA